UUAUUUAUUCUUCUCACUUCCCUGGUCCGUCCUUGACAAAUGUGCGUGAACUUCUUUCACCGUCGCCUACUCGGCCUUAGUAAACCCCAAGCAUUCAAACAUCUCCAUUACAGUCUUGCUCCAAAUCCCACGCCUUUUGACUCUCAGUUUCCAACAAAGCAACCACCAUCUUCACAGCAUUCAAACCAAGAACCACCUAAAACUAUAGCAUCCCAAUUAUCUAACUGCACCAGUUUACAAGAAUUGAACCAAACUUAUGCCCAUGUUAUCCGCACCCGCGUUCUAGACGUUUACACUGCCCCAUUUCAUUGGAACAACUUAAUAAGAUGUUAUACUAGACUUGGUGCUCCUAACAAAGCGCUACAAAUCUAUGUAUCCAUGUCCCAUGCCGGUAUCUCCCCUGAUAAUUAUACGCUUCCUAUUGUCUUGAAAGCCGCAUGCCAGUGUUUUUCUAUGGAGCUUGGUAGGCAGCUUCAUUCCAUUGCGAUAAGGCUUGGCCUUGUGUUGAACGAAUAUUGUGAGAGUGGUUUCAUUAGUUUGUACUCAAAAUCUGGAGAUUUUGGGGAUGCAUAUAAAGUGUUUGAGGAAAAUCUUAAGAGGAAGUUGGGUUCUUGGAAUGCUAUUAUUGGAGGUCUUUGUCAAGGUGGGCGUGCAAAGGAAGUAAUCGAGAUGUUUAUCGAGAUGAGAAGUUGCGGGUUCAAGCCCGAUGAUGUGACCAUGGUUAGUGUGACUUCAGCUUGUGGGAUAUUAGGGGAUUUGCAUUUGGCCCUUCAAUUGCACAAGUAUGUUUUUCAGGCCAAAAGUUUUGUAAAACCUGAUAUGUUGAUGUUGAAUUCACUCAUUGACAUGUAUGGGAAGUGUGGUAGAAUGGACUUGGCUUAUAUGGUAUUUUCAAGGAUGGACCAAAGAAACGUGUCAUCUUGGACUUCGAUGAUAGUCAGUUAUGCGAUGCAUGGGCGAGCCAAUGAAGCUAUUGAAUGUUUUAGUUGCAUGAGAGAUGCCGGUGUGAGGCCUAACCAUGUGACUUUUAUUGGGGUACUAAGUGCAUGUGGGCAUGGUGGUCAGGUGCAAGAGGGAAGACAUUAUUUUGAUAUGAUGAGGAAUGACUAUGGAAUAAUGCCCCGAUUGCAGCAUUAUGGUUGCCUGGUGGAUCUGCUUGGCCGAGCAGGGUUGCUGAAAGAAGCUAGGGAGAUUGUUGAGGGGAUGCCAAUGAAGGCAAAUGUGGUAAUAUGGGGGUGUUUGUUGAGCGCCUGUGAGAAAUAUUCAGAUGUGCAGAUGGGAGAGUGGGUGGCAAAGCAUUUACUAGACUUGGAACCUUGGAAUGAUGGGGUGUAUGUGGUUUUAUCCAAUAUAUAUGCUAGCAGAGGCUUGUGGCUAGAUGUUGAGAGAGUUAGAUUGUUCAUGAAGCAGCGAACGCUAGCUAAAAUCCCUGCUUAUAGUUUGACAACAACUUUGAAUUGUAGGAUGAUGAAUCUUGUCUGUUCUCUGUGAUGUCCAGAGCUGUGUGCUUGGUCACUGCUGUAACAAGGUUUCCUCUGUUGCCCAAGUUUCUAUGAAAGCUUCUGGCGAAUUUUUCCUAGAAAGAGCUCUCAGUCAGCUGAUUUGCUUCUCUGAUUUACUGGUGAUCUGGCGGGAUAUGUGGCAAUGGUACUGGCAUGUCCUCUAUCUGCAGUGUUUCGCUGUCAUAACUGAUGGUUCUGCCUCCCUGGUUUUAAUUGGCUAUCUGCUAAUGGAAGAUUAUUGCACUGGUGAUCUGCUCUGCUGCAUCUUGAUCUUUCCUUGUUCACGGGGGCUGCUGCUACAUUCUCUGGUUCACAGCUUUGCUAAGUCACGGCUAGAGAGAGAAUCUGCUGUCUUUCUUUCCCUUUGGCCAUGGUGUCUGUUGCUGUCUUUCUUUCUUGCUGUUUGGUUUGAAAAUAUGCUACUUUCAUAUUGUCCUGCCUCCUCUCGGUAUUGCCAGCUAUCUUGGGAUCCUGGACUCUUGCCAGUUUGGAUGCCCUCUAGAUGCCCCUUGUAGCUGUUUUGCUGUUGUCUUUAUUAGUGGCACAUCCUCUCUGCUGUGUCUUCUGUCCUGCUUAUGCGGAUAUGCUGCUCCUCAUGCAUGGUGUGGUGUAGUUACUGGGUUUUGUCAGCCUUGGAUAGCUCAGCGCUCCUUCUGCCGUUGUUCUUUGUUUUAGCCUUGCUUUUGUUUCCUUUGCUGGCGGUUGGGUUAAUUUUGACACCGGCAAUACUUGUUUGGUUUCUUCAUUAACCUUUGCUCACUAUGGAAUGUUUGGCCUUGCAUGGCUAAUCUUUUGCUGGGAGCAUGUUCCCUCUUUGCGUUUAUUGAACAUCAUAUAUAUAUAUAUAUAUGCAUCUCAUUCUCUGCUUACCGGAUAGUUGGCCUAAGUAUGUAUAACCUGGCUCUAUCUGGUUUGGUUCUGAUUGGGAGUCUGUUCCCUUUUAUUUUCUUUAGUUUUUGUACAUGUAUCUGAACUUGCUGGUU